AUGGAGAGCCUUUAUAAUAAAAUAAGUAAAAGUGUAUUGCACACAUUGAAUAAGCAGCUAAAGGAUGUAAGUGAAGAAUUAUCAAAAAUAAAGGAAUCUAUGGAGUUUAUGAACGCUGAAUUUGAAGAGUGUAAAAUGGAAGGUUUAGCUAUGAAAAAAAGUUAUAAAGAGCUUCAGGAUGAAAAUCGCAAAGUAAAAUCUGCUGUUCAGGAACUAACGAUACGCGUCAACCACCUGGAGCAAAGUGCACGAUUAUCAAAUGCAGAAAUCCAAUGUGUUCCAGAAAGGAAGUCGGAAAAUGUGUUAAAUAUUGUUAAGGAUAUAUUUAAGAUGGGUGAACGCGCGCGGCGAGCGGGCGGGCGCGCGGCGUCCUGCGGCCUGCCGGUUGUACAGUAUGUAUAG